AUGAAUCCUUAUUUCAGUUUAUCAUCAACAAUAAAUAAUAAUAAUAAUAAUAAUAAUCAUCCAUCAAUAUUUGAAACAGAUUAUAAUCGUGGAAAUUUUCGUUUCAUAACGAAAGAUCCUACACGUAUGAAUACUUAUUCUAAUUUAAGUAUGAUACAAACAGAUACAUCUCAUCAUCAACAAUAUCAUUUUGAACAACAUCAAUCAACAAAUGAUUAUUUUUUAUCAACACCAAAUUGUAGUACAUCAUCAUGGAAACAAACUGAACCAAUAUCAUCAACAUUUCCUAUGUCAGUUACAAAUCCAAUGCUUUAUUAUGCACAUUCAUGGAUGAGACCAGAAAUUAAUAUUGAACAUAAACGUACUCGACAAACUUAUACACGUCAUCAAACACUUGAAUUAGAAAAAGAGUUUCAUUAUACGAAAUAUAUAACACGUCGACGACGGAUUGAAAUUGCUCAUAGUCUUGCAUUAACGGAACGACAAAUUAAAAUUUGGUUUCAAAAUCGUCGAAUGAAAUGGAAAAAAGAAAAUAAUUUUAAAUCACUCAAUGAUCCACAUGUUAAACUUGAAGCUAAUGCAACAAAUCAUGGUCAUAAUCAUCAUCCAUGUCCAACAUCAACUAAUGAUACAUCAUGGUCAUCAAUAUCGAAUAUUAAAAAAGAAAAUAGUCAUUCAUACAACAUCAAUGAAAAUGACGAAUGA